CAACAAAAGCUAGUAGCGCAACGUGUUUAUGUUUACGACUAGAGUCGCUCGUGCUUUGGUCGUCCGCUGCUGCUGCUGCUGCUGCUGCUGCUGCUGCUCCGACUGCCGUGUUGUUAUUGUUGUGCAUCUCGCUGUCGUCGUCGUCUCGCUAUUUGUUGUGAUUUGUGACGAGUCACACUGUAAAUAUAGUACAAACACACACACACAGAUAAAAAUCGCAUAAUCUAAUCGCUGUAUAUGGAGACAUUCGCGACCGAAUUAUCCGCGCCCUACCCCCUCUUCCAGUAACAGCAGAAGAAGAAAGAAAAAACCGAAUGUAAAUUGAUAUCUCACCCAUAUACAACGACUGACAACCGACGACUGACGACCGACGGCGAUUGCAUUAUUAUUAUGGGCGUAGUCGUCGUUAUGCUCGAUCGACUGCAGCAGGAUACCUUUUGGCUCGUCUAAUAACGAAUAAUCAUCAUUAUUGUUGUUAUUGUUGUUUUGCUGUACUCUACGCACCGCGAGUGACGUCCAGCAGUUCUGCUGCGCGAUCAAGACGAGACGAGAGUGUGUGUCGCGGGCACUCAUAUAUAGGCGCGCAACACGUAGCCGUCAGUUUUUCGCAUCCCGCAAAGUCUCUGUCGUCGUGUGCCGUGUAAGUGCGCGCGACAACGACGUGUGUCGCGAAAUUUGUGCUGUCUGCAAUACUAUCAUCUGCUGCACAGUCUCGACUCGCGGAGCAUCGAGUGACUCCGUCGUCGCAUCCGCUACAUCCAGUGCCAAAGAUAUCAACAGCAGCAGAACCAGCAGUAGAAACAAUAACAGCGACGACGCCGACGACGAGUGCGCAAAAAUGAGUCUGUUCGAGAGGUUUUACGGACCCUGGAACGAGCAGGUCCUGCAUAAUCUCGAUGCCAACGGGUUGCGUCAUCGAACAAAAACUUCUUCUGGAUUAUGGCUUGGAUCAUUGGUUGGAUUAAGUGCCCUUUUAACUUAUCUGAAAGAAGACAAAAGUUAUUCAGAAAUAUGUUUGGUCACAGGAAUUACUGGAUUCAGCCUGUUUAUCAGCUCUUUAUGCUUAUUUUUUCAACUAAGGAAAGAGAAAGUAGUCGCAAAAGAUUACCAUCUUUUAUACUUUUUACCUGCCAUAAUUUCAGCUAUUUCAUUUUUACAUAUAGGGACUAAAGGUUUAUUUACCAGUGCUUUCUGGGGAAUAUUUAUUGCAAGUAUGGGUACAUGGGGUGUUGUUCAAUUAAUGUCUUAUUUACCUGGAUGUUUUACUUUGGGUGAAGCAACAGCUGUGAUGCAUGGCAUCAUUCUCUUUCUAAUGUCUACAUUUCAAAAUUUGCCUUUAAGGUAUCAUUUACGUCCUAUUCAUAGCAAUGAUAUAGUUACAGUAAUACUGCAGGUUUUGACCCUUUCCGUUAUUGCAAUCUGCAUACUUUGUGCCAAGUACCCUAUUUUUCGAAAAACUCAGUCGUUUUACUUUUUAACUUUUGCAAUGAUGGUUUUUAUAACUCGUCCUGCCUUGAAUGAACUACUUGAUCAAAAUCCUGUUUAUUGGGUCAUAUCUUUUGUACUAAGUUCAAAAAGCAAGAUUCUUCUUGUAACAUAUUGGACUGCUUGCUUACUAUUUGCUUUUAUCAGCAUUAAUUGUCAAAUUCUGAAAGGUGAUAAAGCAACAACUUCAAUUAGAAAAAUAUUCCAUAUUUUGGCUGUCAUGGUCUAUGUUCCUGGUUUAAUACUGGAACCAACGCUUUUGUAUCUAGCAAGUGGAGUCAUACUUUCAUUGUUUCUAAUGAUAGAGCUUUUCAGAAUAUAUAAAAUUCCACCAAUCGGUCAUUUCCUACAACAAGGAUUCACUUCUUUUGCGGAUGAGAAAGAUUCAAUUGUGUCAUUAACUCCACUUUACUUGUUAUGUGGAUUAUCUUGGCCUUUAUGGUUGCCUGCAGAUAAUAUGCAUAUAUUAAUAUUAAUGAGUGGUGUAAUGACAAUAGGAAUUGGAGAUAGUGCUGCUAGUUUUGUUGGAAGUCGUUGGGGGAAACACCGAUAUAUUAAUUCAUCAAAAUCAUUUGAGGGUACCUAUGCUUGUGCAAUUUCUCAAUACAUUUUUAUUGUUGCAUUAGCACUUUGUGGAUAUGUGAAUACUGGUCCACUGCUAGUCAGAAUAAUUUGUUCAACCAUUUUGGUUUCAAUUCUUGAAGCUUAUACUGAACAAGUAGAUAAUCUAGCAUUGCCAUUUGUAAAUUAUCUGUGCCUUUCAAUGUGAAUAUAAAACAGCACUUGAAGAUUUGAUUAAGACUUGAACAGCAUUAAUUGAUCAAAAUGGAAAUCAGUUGAUGCAAAAGUAUCAUAUAAAGCAAAGUGAAAGUGAACAAAUGAAAAAAUUCUAUUUUUAAUUCAAGUUAAAAACAUGUUAAUAUUUAGUGAAGUUUAUCAUCUAUUUUAAUCAAAAUUAGCUGUGUUGAUGGAUAUUUUAUUGUUGAACCAAUUAUAUUUAUAUUUAAUCUAUUUCUUA